CCAUUAAAAAUGAUGAUUCCUGGUGGUCACUGAGCAGAUUGAACUCUUCUCUCGUUUGUGCGCCUCCCUCGGCUUCCUCAGCAGCCAUGUCUGAUAAACCCGAUAUGGCCAAGAUUGAGAAAUUCAAUAAAUCGAAAUUUAAGAAGACUGAAAGCAAGAGAAAAAAUCCACUGCCUUCCGAAGAAACGAUUGAAGAGGAGAAGCAAGCAGGCGAAUCAUAAUGAGGCCUACACUGC